AACUUAUUUAUACUUGAGUAGUCUAUUUUCCUUUUCCCAAAAUAGAAUCAGUUGCAGAUUUUCACCUCAAAACGGCUCGCUUGUCAGUAAAAAUAGCAACUCUGAAGUUAUUUUGGUUCAAUUCAUGGAUUAAUGCGGGAAAAGUUUCUGAAAACAUUUCUUCAGUUGCCCCUUCUAUUCGUACCAUGCAAUAGGAAGCUCAUUUGGCCAUUUAAGGAAGAUACUUAAUAAUAAUAAGUGGAACAUUUUUAAACUUUUGAAGGAUCCAAUAUAAACUUAUACUACGAGCGAGUACAAUUAAAAAAAAAACUCUUUGUUAAAGACAGCUAAAUGCAGAGGAGAGGCAAUACAAGGACACUUGAAUCAUAACGGACAUCAAGGCGGUGCCGGUCUCUUGUUGUCUGGGGAAGGUUAGAAGAAAUCAAUGACAAGAAUCGAAAACCAGCCCAAGAAAUUGGUUGAAUUUUUAAAAAAGUUAUUCCAGUCAAACUUGCAGCGCUCAGCACGUAAUUGAGCGCUGUAGCUCGUGCUGAGGGGGAGAGCAUCCACUGCUAGGCACGAGAUAAACAGCGCAUCAAUAGCAGCCUUGUUGCUGACGUAUCUUACUACACAUUGCUUGGAGGGAUGGAUGGAAGGAGAGAAUGAUUUCUCUACUGCCUUAGCACCGUCUUUUCUCAUACAACUAAAAUAUUUACACGCUGUGUUGCUAAGUCAGAGGAUCUGAAGGUGAGACUACCCCAGCCCCGUGUAGAAGUAACUAGAGUGCUAGGCACACAGACUUAGUUCAUCAUUUCAUCGGAAACUGUCGCUCCACCCAAGCCAUCACGUUGGAGGGAACUAAAAACGCCACCAAGACCAUGGGACGAAAGAAAAUACAAAUCUCCCGUAUUGGAGAUGAGAGAAACAGACAGGUGACUUUCACUAAGCGUAAGUUUGGUCUGAUGAAAAAAGCUUACGAACUGAGCGUCCUGUGCGACUGUGAGAUCGCUCUCAUUAUAUUCAACUCCUCCAACAAACUGUUCCAGUACGCCAGCACAGACAUGGACAAGGUCCUACUCAAAUACACAGAGUACAACGAACCACAUGAAAGCCGUACAAAUAAGGAUAUUAUUGAGGCCCUGAACAAAAAAGAACAUAAAGGCUGUGAGAGCCCUGACCCAGUGGACUCAGAUCCCUACAGCAGUGGCCUGCGUGGGGAGGACAAAUAUGAUCGCAUUCCAGAUGAUUACCAGAGGGUCAUGCAGCAAAAUGCUAUGAGGCAUUCAAUGCAACAGUACCACAACCAGGCCAUGCAGAUCAACAUGCCAUUACAUGGUGGAGGUGGCAUGUACCCCUCACCCCAGUCUGGCCUGAUGCCACCCACACCACAACCACCUCAUCACAACCACAUGGCUGGAUCACCUGGAUUGUUGCAACCCCCACAAGUUUUAAGUCCAAGACCUCAUUCCACAGGUGGAAUGUCUGACCACAUGAGCCACUCUCCCACACCUAAUGGAUACCAACAGCGCAUCUCUCCCUGCAGUUCACCAGGGGGCCUGUCCUCACCCAACAUGAUGAUGCACAACGGCAGCAAUAAUAUCUCUCACCACAAGACCUCACCUAAUGUAACACCUUCACACACACCCACCCCACAACAGCUGCGACCAAGUACCAACAACAUGCGCAUGAUGGGACCCACUCGCCCAGAUCACUUAAGUGUGCCUGAGAAUCGUUCCCCAAAUUGCUUGACUCCUGGGAUGUCGAACAUGCACAAUAUGGGAUAUAACCACACUCUCAACUCACCUUCCUAUCCUCAAAAUGAUUUUUCACUAAGUAACCAAGAAAUGGGAAGUGGAAAUAUGGGUUACAACCAGUGGAGCCAAGGACACAUGAAUUCUAUAUCACCUCAAAAUUCUGGGAUGGUCUCACAUCACAGCCCCAGCCCAAUGGGCAGUAUGUCUGGACAAGUAUCACCUCUAGCCAUCAACACACUCAGUGGGAUGCAUAUCAAGAGUGAGCCCAUCACACCACCUCGAGACACCACCACACCUUCAACACAGCUACGACCACAGUCCAGUGGCACCGGUCACCUAUCCCCAUCAGCCGGCAUCACUGGACACCUCUCCCCAUCUCCUGGAAUGGCUGGACACUUGUCUCCAGCUGGAGGUCACAACAUGUCUGGUCAUCUCUCUCCCUCUACUGUGGGUCAAGGUCACAUUUCUCCAUCAGGUCACCUGUCUCCAGCCCAGCCAAUGGGACACAGUAAUAACAACUCCCCUGUGAACAGCCAGCAUCUAGACUACGAUAGCCCUAUGGUCAAGAGAUCUAGAAUGGAGGGCUGGACAACGUAAUGACUGCAGGAAGGUCUUGUCUGCCUACAAGCUGGACACAUUUUUUCUGAGCACACCUGAGCCGCUCCCUGCACCUGAAUGGUGGUCCCAUCUGACGGUCAAGUUUUUCUUCCUUUCUUUCACUCACAAGGGGAAGUCAUCUGUAAUGGAACAGUGGUUGCAUUAACAGUGCUCUGGGAUGAAAAGCUUGCUUUAGCCUGCCUUGAACUUGUUGAUAUGUGCAUACUGACAUUGGCUGUGAAGAUGGAAGGGAAAGAACAAGUCUAGUGUAUGCAUAUACUGGUCUUUUGACAUUACAACAAGCUCAUCUUUUUUUGUCCUUUUACUCUAGGCAAUUCUGGAAGCACUGCCUUUAUUCCUUUGGACAAGCUUUUUGUCUGGUUGUUUCUAAAUAUUACAAUUACCAACAGUUAUUAACUACACUGAAAUCAUUAAAACAACAAUCUUAUCAACUCCAUACUGUAACAUCACAUUCACUCUCAUUUUCUUUUCACAUGUCUAAGUUCUAAAACAUUGUUAAUUCACAAAAGUAGAGGAUGUGUUUAAUUUUUUGUUAACUUUUUAUCUACACAUAAGUAAAUUUCACUGUUGGAAAUUAAAUGUUUUAGUCUGGCACUUAUAUAUAUAAUUAGGACAAAGUAUCAAUAGAUUUAAUAUUAAAAUACAUACCAGUACUUAAAAGAAUUUUGAUUAUUAUGACUUAAGUAAACCUAUUCCUCAUUAGUUGCCAAUCUAUUUAUUUAAAUUAUUCUUUUUAAGCAAACAGUUUAUUUCUUAAAACUUGAGACACUAGACCCUAUCAUAUCUUCAGACAAAUGUCGGUUUUUUUUUUGUUUAAAUAUUAAUUUCUCAUUGUUUACAUUUGUAUCUAUUGACCUAGAUUUGUGUUGUUGUUGUCAUGGAAACAUUCUCAUUGAGAAUUUGUUGUUGUAGAGCUGUGUUGUAUAACUAACCUGUGUACAUAUCUCCACAAGUGUCUAGUGGACCUGAAGGACAUAACCACAUUGGACUAUUGGAAUCACUGAAAGAAAACUAACCUGAAUCUAUUCAGGGGACAGUGGUUUUGUUGAUGAUGGAAUUUUAAACAUCUAAGUAAUACUGAACUGUUUUAUUGUAGGUGAUAUAAUUCUUGUUGCAUUCAUGUUUCACCACAUUUUCUUUCACUGUUGGCUAGUGAAUUCAUGAUUUAUAUUGUCCGUCUACCUGUGGCUACCUUACUACUUAUUUUUACAGUUUCAUUUCAACAUUUACAUAACCGGUAUUUUAAAUAUUUUUUAUUGUCAACAUUUAAUAAAAUCCUUAGUUUCAUUUUAAUAUUUUUAUGUCCUGAUAAACUGUGUUCUACUUGAAAUUAUUCAUCAAUUUGAGCUUUAAUAUGCCACAAAUGAAACAUUUGUACUUUGGUUGAAUUGUAAAACAUUAUGUUUGAGCACACAAAUUGUUCAGUAUGUUUGUUUCCCCUUCCUAAGACAUACCACAAACAAGAACUUCUCAGUCUAGUAAAUAAGCUAUGAGGCAUGUCAAUUAGUCAGGUGUAUGGUUAAAGAUUUUUUUUUUCAGUCUCUCAUUGUGGUUGAUUGAUGGAAAUUAUUUCUCACAUUUUUAUAAAACUUUUUUUUGAAGACUAAAAAACUGAUUUUUUUGUUGUUAAUUUAUGUAGUAAACAAAUUUUCACAAGAAUGUACUAGUUUAUUAUAAAUAUAAUAAAAUAAUUCAUUGACUUUUUUUUAAAAUUGUUAUAUUUAAAGGGGCAGAAUUUGUCAAGCAAGUUGGAUUGCACAAAUCUCUUUGUAUAUGUAUACUUCAGUCUAUCGCCUUAGUCAGUGUCAAACUCCUCCUUAUUUAUAUAAAUAGUUAAUUAUCAAAAGACAUAUCAUUGAAUUUUUAAUGAAAUGAAUGGAAAGUAAAAUGUUGGGCACGCAAUAGCAUAGCCAUGACAUCAAAGUAGAGAAGUGUUUGUAAUCUUGGCACAGCAAAAUCUUGUGAGCAUUGGAUACUAAUGUUGGUGUGCCUUCAAAGACAAUGUGACCAAAUAAACAGUUUUAUAAAGUUUGGUAUGUAUUGUAAGCGAAACUAGUUUUCACUAGCUGUUGUGCUGUACUUGUGCUUAAAUACCUAGUUGUUAUUUAAUACAUAGACCAGCAUUUGGUACUAGUCACAGAUUAGAGUACUUGUAAAUAGGUAGUGUGUUGUUUAAGGUUGUGACAUGAAUAUAGAAACUUAUUGCUACUGGAUUUUGUAUGGUAAUAAUAGAGUACAAAAACUAAGCUGUGCGCACACCACCUUUAUAUGUAUAUAAAUACAAAUACAUAUAUAAUAUACUUGUAUUUUGUAUAUUUUAGUGUCAAAUGUUUAAACCAAAGGUCUCUAAUCAUAUAAACUCUAAUCAUAUAAAUUUUAAUCAUAUAAAAAGUGGAAUGCAGUGUAACUUCACAAGUUUUGAAAUAAAAUAAUGGGGAAAAAAUAUAUUGUAUGCUACAUCUGUUUGUUGAAUAUGUUUUAAAAGAUAGUCAAAGAAAUUGAUAAAAAAUGUAGACCUUUGGUUUAAAUGCAACAUCCUUUUUAAUGGUAAAUGAUAUGAUGUUGUCUGUGAUAUGUGUCAAAGUGAAUUUGUCGUGGCCUUAAACUUAAUUCUGUUGUUGUUGUUACCAACAAUUAUAUUUUUACCUGAAUUGUUUGUGUAUGGGAUGAAUGUUGGGUACUUAUUAUUUAUGUGUCUACAUAAAGCAUUACCUCCUUCUAACCUAGAAAAUAGGCAAGCUUUUAUUUUGGCUUUCACUUUUUAAGCUAUGGCUGUUAAGGGAACAUUAUAUUUAACCUUUGAACCUAACCUUUAAUUAAAUGAAAUAUUUGUUUCUAGCCCAGUAUGACAGAUUUGUGAUUUUAAUGCUUUUGUUUGCUCAUUUAUGUAUCAUACAUCUUUGUCGGGUAUGUAUAAAUGUAUAUACAUUUAUAUUUAUAAUUUUUGUGUAAGAAAGCCACUUAAGUAAUCAAAAUGUUGUAAUAAAACCAAUAUUGUUUUCUGUAUAUGUUCAAUCAGACUUUGUGAAAUAGCCAAAUAUGUAUUGAGAUUCUGUUGAUAGACAAAACUUGAAACAACUAGACCUCACUUUAUUUAUAAUUCAGUAAGAAUUUGAAUUUUUUUUUUCCCAUCUACUUGUCUAAUGUUUAGUCUUUGUAAAAUUUUGACUAAAUAUACUAAAUAUUGAAGAAUAACAGAACUGCUGAAAAAUAAGUUCGUUGUUUUAGUUUUAUGAAACUAGGAUUUCUCUUUCAACAACCCCUGGAAGUCAAAUACAUUUUUAUCAAUUUUGUUUUCACUUUUAAAAAAACACUUAUAAAGGGCAAAGCCUUCUGUAUGAACAGUAAAUUACAUGUCACUAUGAAUAGCAGGAGAAUGUUAUCUAAAUCAUCAAUUUGCUAGGAAAGUGUUCUCUUGUUUUAAAAAAGGUUUUCUACAACCUUAUUAAGUAAUGAACAUUUAUUUUCAAUGUAUUUAGAUUUAGAAAAUACAAUAAAGGAAAAUGUUUACAAAAAUCAAGACAGAUCGCUAGUAGGUAAAAAUAUUUAAAAAAUAAAGGUUUAAAAGUAGCUCAGGUUUUUUCAGUGGCCUUGAAUUGAAUGUAGGUUUAGACAUUUAAUUUAAAUUUGUUUAGGUUUGAAAACAUCAAAAUUAUAUUUAUAUAUUUCUUAAUCUUAAAAAAAAAUGUGCACUGAUUUUAAUAAUGUAUAUAAAUUGUAAACACAUUGUAAAUAUUUGCUUUAUGUGUGAGUACUGACCAAGAUUUUAACAUAGAAGCAAGUAUAAUAUUUACAGUCUUAAAAAACAGUACUACUAAUAGAUUACUUAGAAUUUAGCUUUUAGACUAUUUUUAUUUAAUUUCAGCAGAAAAAAACUGUAGGCGAAAUUUUGUUGAUACAAUGCAGAUUGUAGGUUAGGUGUCCACUAGAUGUCACCUUGGUCACAGUAUAAAAAUGUAUUGUAACCUCCUUUUAAUGCCCAUGUCAUCAAUUGAAUGUGUAUGUAUAUUAAGCGCGUUUACAUCUUGUAAUGAUCACAGCCCACAUUAAAAGUAUAUAUUGACAUUA